AAUUGUUGUCCACAGAUCUUAAAAGAAAGGACAGCGUUACAUUUUUGUAAUACAACAAUGUUCAAAGGUGUUGCAAUAUGUUGGCAAUAGUGUUUAUGUAUAUAUCGUUUUCCACGUGAGGCAGUUUUGGAGAGCACAGGAUCACCGCCUUAAAAUAGGGGAUGAAAAAGGUAAAAAAAAAUCCUCCAGAUUCGGAUUUAAUUUGUUUGACAAAACAGGUAGCAAGCCACAGCUAAACAGAGGAUUUUGCUAGAUAAUUUCUACAAAAAUUACGUUGAUAUUCUGGCAAACGUGGUUAGUACACAACAUGUACCAAUGAAAUUAACCCACCACCGAAUCUUCAUGGGGUUUGUGUUUGGUAAAACGUUUUUUACAAAUAAGUGUCUUGGUCAACUGGAGCUUCUUUCCUCGAAGUGUACCUUGUAAGCCACGCCCACUAAGGUGUGACUUGGUGCUUUUUGAGAGCCUGCAGCAGCACCAGCUGUUCCACGGCAGUUGGAAAUAGGAACGCGAGGAGAAAGGCUUGAUAACGGAAAUAUCUGAUGGACUACAGCACCUCUCCUCUCUAGGCACACCGUUGGUUUAACGGUUUAUAUUUCCACCGUCACAACAUAAAUCAACUCUUGGACAAUUUUAUUUUCGAGGUUCUGUUCGAUCUUUCAAGUCUAUUUUUAACGAUCUAGGGAAUGUGUCCGUGGCCGCGCUGAAAAACAGUGACAUCACCAGCUAAAGAGAAUGGCCCCAGCUCUGACCAAGAUCUCCAAAAACAACCAUGGAAUUCACCUGGCAACCCCUCUCAACCCCAGCAACAUGGAUGCAGAUUGGGCACUGUUCAACACUGACUGUGAUUCUCAGUUGAAACCGGAGGACAGCUGUGCUCAGCGGGGUUGGCUUAACCUCUCUUUGCCUUUCAUAGACACCUGUUGCUCUAGCAAGAGACCCCUUGAAUUUCCUGACUUGCCUGGACUGUACAGAACAGUUCUUCUCUCCAGCCCUGGUUCCCUGCUUAGCCUCCUGUCCCUUAACAAACACGUAAAUAAGUUUCUGGUGGCCUGUCCUGGUGCACAGGAUAUGCAUAAUGUUCCUUUUCCUGAACACAAUAGUCAGGGUGUGACUUGGCAGCAACAUCAUCAGCAGUGUCACCUCAGUGAUCAUGGACCAAAUACCUGUGAUAUCCCCCAGUCUCCUGGGGGAUAUCACAGCGUGGGGCAGGGGGAGGGGGGCUCCAUCCCUACAGACACAACUCCAGCCCAGCCGUGGACCAGUGGGGCUGAGAGCCAGGGCCAGGUGCAACCUGUCACCGCAAUGGUGGAGGAGGCUGUGAGAGGGCAGACCUGCUGGCAUUUCUCCCAACAGGAAACCCUGUUAGAACGUGCUGGGCUGAUCCAGAAGAGGCUCCAGGCUCUUCUCGGGGACCAUGUCUCUCGUCACUGCAGCCUCCAGCUGGAAGGUCUGAUGGGGAAGUGGGGCAGAGAGUCUCUGGAUCCCCCAUCACUUCCCCCUGCUGACACCAAGCCAUUGGAUUUAGCCUUGACGCUGCAGAGACGGACAGGUACACUGAGCAACUGGGUCCUGGACCCUGCCUUUCGACAGACUUCCUCGCCCUUUUCCCCCUCCAAAGAGAUCCAGGAGUUUGCCAGCUAUGCCCAGGUCUUGCUGCGCAGAUUGCAGGGUGCGGUGGACUCCGAUGCCACGGAAAGCAGCUCAGACGACGAGCUGGGACCUACGCAGGAACGGGGGAGCGCAUCCCAACCGGUACGGCAUGGAUGUGAGUGGAGGUGGCAGAAGGAGAGGGCUGAGGUGGGCAGUAAGUGGUCUUGGUUACAGCUGCGUGUGGCGGAGCUGGAGGGACACAUUCAACAGCUGGGGGACCUUUACAGGCAGCUCGCGUCUAACAAGGGGAGUGUGAUCCUGGCGGCGUCGCAGCCGUUGACAGACUGGCAGAUUCAGCAGACGUUAUUAACGGAGACGGCAGGGCUGUUGUUGACGCCGAGGGGGAGUGCUAGAGACCCUCCAUCUGACACAGAAAACGAACCUAGCAGCCCCACGCGCCUCCUCAGGAACAUAGAGAGACAGAGUGCUCAGCUCAGCCAGAUGGUCAGCAGCCUGAUGCCCCCUCUGAACCUCUCUCCAACCCCCUCUCCCAUCUCCAAAGACUCCUGGCAGGGGAACGGACAGAAGAGAGCCUUCAACAGUGGCUUGGUCCUGGGGGGGUUUGACUCCUCUCAGAAGGUACCCAAGAGGAGAAGAGUGAACCGCAGAAAAUGCCAACUGCCUCAGGUUGAUGCCACGUGUGUCUCAGCACGCACCCGGCCCCUGGUGACUUAUCACAAACCACGACUCUUUAUUCACACCGCCACCACCAGCCACAGACCACAGGAACCAGCGUCCCUCUCCUCCUUCACCCUCUGUACCAUCUGUACCUCCUGUGACCCCCUGGCUCUGUGUUCUGACCCAGCCUGCUCCUCCAGCAGCACCCUGACCUCCAGGACUAGGAUACACCCUGUUCUUUCUCUCACUUCAGACACCCCUUUGUCCCACCAUUUCCAGAACUCCCCUCUUCUCAGAGAGGACUGGGUCCACCAGCCUCUACCACCAAUCAAGUCUGAGUCCAGUCCUGUCCACUACUGCUAUAGGAACAGGGGACACACUUCUCCAACGUGGUUCAGUCGCAGCCAAAACCACAAGCCACAUCGUAAAGGAAGGCCUUUUGGCGCGUCGCUUGUCAGGUGGGCGGGCUCUGCCAGGACCCUGCAGAAGAGGGCCUAUCGCAGAGGGAGGAAGAGGAGACACACCCACAGGAUGAAUGGAGAUGAGGAGGACCUCCUGUCUCAGCUGUCAGACCCUCGGGAGACACGUCGGAACUCACACAUGUGCAAGCAGGGUCCCGCCCGUAGACGUCAGGGAGAGAGUGUCUACAACAUUGACAAUAUUGUCAUCCCCAUGUCCCUGGCUGCCACUAACAAGGUGGAGAAACAUCAUUACAAAGACAUUAUAACACCCAGCUGGAGAGUGGUUGAGACACUGCCCCUGGUGGAGCAAGAGAUGCCAGAAGAGAAGGAGGAGGAGGAGCUGCUAUGUGAUGAGACCUUCUCCCUGAGGCACCUGGGAUGCGAGAAGAGAGAGAAACUUGGCUGGACCUCAUGGGACAAGACCAAGCACUACAGGGGUUCCAUCCGGUCUGGCAGCAGGAACCCGGGCUACAGCGAUGGAGCAGGUGGUUCUGUAUGGGCUGACCGGUGUGCUGUGAGGUGUGACAGCAGAGGGGACAGGAGCACUCGUGUGGACUGGAGCUGCAGUCAUCUGAACACUGAUGCAGACGGAGCCUUAGAGGAGUGUGUGCCUCGACUCCCUUGGGACAAACGUGUGUUCCCACUCUGUGAGGAGGAAGCUCUGAGGUGUCAUGAAGAGGAUCUGGGGGAGCUUCGCUGGGACGAGAGAGAGAAGGCAGAGCGCACUAGCACAGAAAAGUGCAGUAGUUCUAUCCAGUCACACCUACCAACUGCCAUGUCUUCAGCCCAGUCACUGUUCAGUACAACAAUGCCACCUGCUGGAAAGAAUGUGAACAACAGUCUUACAGUAGACCUGCGAUGACUUGGCUUUACCUUGGUACAGAUCCCAUGAGGAGUUUAGCAGGAUCAAGGGACCUGACGAAGAGGACUGAAUUCCCUGGAGGAGAUCUCAGGAGGGGUUUUAAUUUCCUUAAUUGUAAGGUAUUUUAAGGUAUCGAUGUGAUCUGUAUUCAGUGUAUGUGCACAUUUUAAAAUAGUCAAGUUACCCUUGACAUGCAUUCCGUGUUGAUUGUUGGUCUGCUUGUGCACAACCAAUCAUAACCUCUGCCUGUACCACACUAUGCCAAUAGUUUCUGCCUGAUAUUUAUGUUUCAAGAUGCAUCUGAAAAUCGUAAUAUAUAUUUAUAUUUUAAUCUUUGUUUAGAAUAUUCUAUUAUUUUUAAUAAGUGAUGAUGGACUUUUCAACAGACCAAACAAGUGUUUUAGCUGGUGUACUUUUUCAACAUGGAGUUGUGGUGGCUAUUAAUGACAUUAAAAUCAUUUAGGCCUUCA